UCGUUGCCUUUGCGACCAACGGCCACAUUUCAAACUAGAAUGGCGACCGCUGUCUGCGGUCUGCAGUCCAACGGCCGUACCAGCAAACCUGUAAAGACACACCGAGAGUACCGGAGGAAAGCGAAGGAUUCAAAAAGAAGACAGGCGGCUCUCUUGUUCCUCAGUAAUAUCUCACUCGACGGACGGCCCCAGGUUCAGUUAAACGAUGGAAAUACCGACCAAAAAGCCGCCGAGGAGCAGCAACUCGGGGACAGAGACGGCUGCUCUACUGUCGUGCCCCUGCCGGCGGAUAGCCAAGGACCGGCCGCCCAGGUGACAGAACCCGCUACCGGUAGUGGCUCGUCCUCCAGUUUUUCAGGUGUGGUCAGUCCUACCCGACCUUCUUUGGUUAUGUCUCCGGGACUUGCCGGGGGAAGUGCUCUGGGGGCCAACGAGGUAUUUUUGGAGGGUGGCAGUGCGGCCGAGACGCUAACCCCGGACACCCCUAUGUCUCCUGUGCCCACCGGACACCAGCCCUGCUCCCGUGUCAGGUCAACGCCCGCCGCCCUGAGCCCGGUCCCGGCCGGCAAUUCUCUGGAUUCACGACAGAGGUUGAGGAAUGUCUCUGGCUCUCCUGGACCUAAGGUGCCAAAGAAAGUCCACUUCAUCAAGAGUAUGAGGCAAUAUGAUACCAGGGGAUGUAGGAUCGUGCUGAUUUGUGCCAAGCGGUCGCUAUAUGCUGCUUUCUCAGUGCUGCCCUAUGGAGAGAGUGCUCACUUCAGUGAUCCUAAGCUGGAGGCUCAGAGACAAAGGCUGUCUUCUGUGGUGGCUGUUGACCUGCUUCCUUCCCUGGAGGGUAUGGAGCUGGGCUCCUGUGGCAAGACGGUGUCAUACGCUCAGUUCCUUUAUCCGACCAAUGCCUUGGUAAGACAGAAGAGUGGCGCCGCCCCAGAGAACUGCACAACUCAGACCCCUCAGUCGCGUUUCCGUGGCAACGGGCAGAGGAACUUCACCCCUGCUCGUCUGAACAACAGUGCACCACAAGAACCAUGUGUAGAGGAGGUGACAGAGUAUGAUCCUAACCUGCUCAGUGACCCUCAGUGGCCCUGCGGGAGACACAAGAGAGUUCUGAUAUUUGCAUCAUAUGUGACGACUGUUAUCGAGUAUGUGAAACCGUCUGACCUGAAGAAGGACAUGAACGAGACUUUCAAGGAAAAGUUUCCUCACAUCAAGCUGACUCUGAGCAAGAUAAGAAGCCUGAAGAGGGAGAUGCGGGCCGUGAGUGAGGAGUUCGGGCUGCAGCCGGUCACCACAGCGAUGGCUUUUGUUUACUUUGAGAAACUGGUGCUGCUGGGUCGCCUCAACAAGCAGAACAGGAAGCUGGUGGCGGCGGCGUGCGUGCUGCUGGCUGCAAAGAUCAGCAGUGAUCUGAGGAAGCCAGAAGUCAAACAGCUCAUUGACAAGCUGGAGGAGCGAUUCCGAAUAAACAGACGAGAGUUGAUUCCUCUGGAGUUCCCGGUUCUGGUUGCCUUGGAGAUGGGACUUUACCUCCCGGAGAGCAAGGUCAUGCCGCACUACCGCAGGCUGGUGCAGCAAGGUUAGACCGGAUACAGUGAUGCCUGACACUCCGGUGAUUAUUUAUUCAUCAUUAAUGACAUCAGCAGGUGUGUAUGCAGACUUUGAAUUGAGCUGACACUGUGUGUGUGUGUGUGUGUGUGUGUGUGUGUGUGUGUGUGUGUGUGUGUGUCGACCAGUUUAUAAGCUGUGGUGUUUGAAACAAAUAAUUCUGGUACUAAUUAAUUUUGGUCAGUCGUGACUCGAGUCACUCGCUGUAUGUGAAGAAUAAGUCGUUUACACUUGUCAGCAUGUGUGUCUCCCUGAAUGUCUCUCUAAGCGUUUGUACGUGUGACGUUCAUGAGCUCUAUGUUAGAGAUGUUCGAUGAGCACGUUAAUUGUGCUUUUAUUUUGGUUUCUCGUGACCCGUUUUUUUUUCGGUCCGUCCUGGUAUUCUCUCAACUCUAUUUAAAUGAAAUACGCUGUGAAGUUUGUGGAAAACUCUUCUCCUGCACCUUUUUGAUUGCUAUACACAGCAUGUAUAGUAUUUAUUACUAACUACAGAGAACCAUGCUGUUGAUUUUUGUGUAAAUGCCUUUCAAACCCACUGUGACAUUGAAUCGUUUUUAGCCAUUACAUGGAAACAUGAUAAUGUAGACUGUGGGUGGAAAACAUGAUUUUAGGUUUAGUCUGUUGUUAAGGAAGUGGCCUUUAAUUUAUGUUUAUUUGAUAUUUGUACUGUGUGUACAACAAUAAUCCAGCCACAGUCAUAUUUAUUUUGUUCAUGACUCCAGUGGCAGCUGUGUUCAGACUGAUGUACAGUAUAAUUUAAAGAAACAGGAUUAUGGAGGCGUAUUAUUUUUAGUAAAUGUUUGUUUUUUAAUGUUUCAUGUUGUUACCCAGGGAUAUGUUUUUGUAAAAUGCACUGGAAUUUAUUCCUCAAUAGUCUGGCUUAUUGUUGUCAUAUUUCAGUUCUCAGGAAUUUUACUUUCUUAUAUCUUUGAAUGGCUCAUAACUUAUCCAAAGAGAAGUUGUUACAGUAGCUCUGUCAUCAUUGUGCUCCAUUAUAAGUCAAUGGAAGGUAAGUGAUUGAUGCUUUGAUGGAGCAGGAAAUCCAACCAUUGUGAUUGUUCUGUGAAUAGUAGUGCCACACGGUAUUCCGCUGACUGCAGUGCUUAUAGAGUAGUAACUCUUCUGAUUUGGAUGCCAUUUGGCGUAAAAGUAUGGAAAAAAAAAAAAGUGCCUGAAACUACAGUGGCAGUAAAA